UUUCGACAUAACAUCUGUAAAGGCGCUUUCUGGGCAAUAUCGAUUAAAACUCAACAAUUUCAAGACGUUUGUGGAUUGGUUUUCGAUAAACACGCGUUUGAAAGAAAAGAAAAGCCUCAAAUUUCUCCAAUCGUAUUAACUUGUUGUGUCAAAACUUUAAAAACAUCCAAUAAUCACGACAUCGAGGUCGACAUCUCGUGUCUGAAGACGUCAUCCUUGAAAAAAAGAAAGAUAAUGGAGUUGUCAAAACUUAGCAUCAACUUGUUAGCGAAAGAAAAAAUACGUCGUAGAUUUUUCGAUAACUGUUCAGCAAAGAGCAAAGCAAGCGAUGAGUUGGAUAGUUCCGACAACAAAUUGCAUAAAGAUUCAGAGACCAGCAAGGAAGAAGAGGCGUACAAAGUAGAGCAAGAAAUAGAUGUAAUUGACGUCCCUCGAUUUGAUGAAGAAGCGUAUCCUAAUGAAGACAAUAGUUUGCCUUUGAUAACUUCGGUUUUUUCAUUGGCAUCUAACAGUGGAAAAGAGGAUGAAGGGUGUGGUUCUGGUGAUAAAGUGUUUCUACACGGUGAUCAGAUGGAAAACGUUGAAGGAACUUCACCAAGGCUACCUUGUAUUUCUUCAUCACAGGAUGUUCUUCGAUGUAACCAGGAUAAUUUGCCAUUUGUUGUUAAAUGCAGCCCAAGUGGUGUGAUAACGGUUUGUUCCUCACCUAACCUAAUUUCCAAUUCUAACUUUAAUGUGGAUAAGGAUUCAUCUUCGUUAGCACCAAGUGUUAAAAGCUCCUUUAGCAGAACAGAAUCGCAGGGCAUAGCGUCAUCAAGGGCAGAUCAGCAGUUGCUUGACGGUGUUACCGCUGGCUCUCUGUCUCUGUCGGGCACCUUUUCAAAUCCAAAUGUGGUCACAUUUAUUGAUGCUACACGACAAAUUGUUACCCCUGCAGAGCAGCCUUGUAUACCAACGGGCAAGAGUGAAAGAACAUCGGAAGGUUCAACACGAAAUCCUACGUCUGGUCCACGUACUGACGUACUUUCAAACAUACAACGGACAGAGGAAGUGACAGACGAUUCGGGAACUUUAAGCAUACUUGAGUCUAAUGAAACAGAAGAAGACCAAGACAAUGGUGCUCGUCCAAGUUCUUCACUGAGUGAUACAUUGAGUGAUAAAGCAGCGAUUAAGGAAUCCAGCGCUGAUGAGGUAUAUAUUGGUCAGCAAGUUCCAACAAAGCAAGAGGAAAGAAUUCGUCAACUUAAAGAUUUACUUCGUCAAAAGGAGGUAGAAUUAGAAAAGUUUCGUUUCAAAGGUAAAGCUGGACAAGUUUCAGCGGCUGCUAAAUUGCGUGCAAAUUUUCUUAAAAAGAAUCCAUCUUUGUGUCGGCGAAGUCUUAGGCUAAGUACAAAGGAAGGAAGUGAAUCGGGUGGUACGUUUUCAAGAGAGGCGGUGGGCGAUAAUGAAAUUGGAUUAGAUAGAAAUGAUCUCUCAAGCGCGGAAUCGAUUACUUGUCAGUCUGAGACAAAACUGACCGACGAGAAAAUGUCGGAAAAAUCUGAUUGUAAUGAUUCAAACACUUCGAAAAAAAGUUGUGAUAAAUUUAAUGACCAAGACAAAUAUAAACUCGUAAAUGUCACCGUUUUACAAGGCCACAUAAGAACAUUGGCCGUGCCGUUACAUGAAAAAGCUGUAUCUCAAAAAACGGAUACACAGAACAGUCUUUCUCUCUUCAGUAAAGAAAACAUUACAACGACAAGAAAGAGAAAACAGCAGAUGCCUAGAAAGGUUGGACCCCGUCGUUCAAAACGGAAGUCUAACAGCGAGGAGGUCAGAUUCGACCAGGCUAGAUCAAGCCUGAAUAGAAAAGAAGGAAAUCAAUCGCCUAAGUCUAUCCUAAAAAGAAAAUCCUGUAAUAACAUAGGGACUCAAGAUGGGCCAAGUGCACCAAAAAGAGAACAAAGGAAAACAUUUCCUGCGCUAAAACAGGGAACAAGUGUUUCGUCAUCCGGUACGCCUGUUAGCUCUUUGGCACUGCCAACAACACGUGCAGAAAGUCAAACACAAAUUGGUUCGUUGCUCACGCCGACUGCUAUGCCGGCAUUAUCGAAUCUGAAUGGAAGUGUCUCUUCCAAAAACGCACCCGAGAUUAAAAAUGUAAAGUCAACAACACAUGUAAGGAUAACUCCAGUAUACAGCCCCACGACUAUAACACAAGAUCCCAUAACCCCUACUAAACAGCAGACAAGAACUAGUACAACUAGAAAAAAUGUUGCCUGUGUUCUUGAUAUGAAUGGGUCAGGGCAAAGCAGCCAGGAAGGAAAUAGUUUAGUUUCCCUCGCUACUGAUCUGUUGAAGCGUGUGGCAGAAAAUAUUUCAAAUGGCAAGCUGCCAGAGGACAAAACAGGAUGUGAAGGGGAUUUCAAGGUUAAUAAUUUUUCUGGUGCUAGUCACGUUACAUUGACCAAAACCCAAAGUAACCUUGAACCAGUGACCACCCAAAAUACGGGUAAACCGACAGUCAUUCCUCCAAAGGUUGCAAGCAAAAUAACUGUUUGUCCUACAAAUACGAAACACCUUCCAGAUGCUUCAGGUAAAGGCCAGGCAUCCACGAUAAGUAUUCCUCUUGUUAAUUUGGAACACAGUAAGAUCCCAAAUGAACUUGCUAAACUUGGUCUUACUUGUGGAAAUAAUGUAACUAGUCAAUCAAAAUCUCCUCUUCCUCACGUCAGCAAUGUGGACAUUGAAAUAGCAAAUAAGGAUACCACAGGUAAACCAAUCCAACUAGUAUCUACCUUCGUCCAAAGCAAACAAGUUGAUCUGGUUAUGUCUAAUGACACUGCUAUCAUUAAUCGUCAAUCGUCUCUGCCUUUCGUGGAUACCACAACGGAGCAGCUAAAAACCGUCACCCAGAGCACUUGCGUAUCAAACUCUGAUAUUCUUUGCAAGACUGCUCCACGUAGCUUAACUAUGCCUGUAAACGAGUUUAUAACAAAUAGUCAAGCAGCUACUAGUGUCACGAGUUCCGUAGUUGCUACAACACUAAACUGUCAAGUAAAAACUACACUAAAACAGGCGCUUACCACUCAUAGUUUUCGACCACAAGCAAGUGUUGCUGCCAAAAAUCAGAUCUCAACUGGUGUCACUGCAUUAAACGUCCCAGCAGAUAGCACCAGCGGUGUUGCCAAUUCAAUGAACAGCCUUUCACCAACUAUUGAAAGCAAAGAAGCUGCUCUGAAAACAGAAUACCCAGUCCCUAACUCCUUGUACACCCUGAACACGUUGACUGUUCCCGUUGCAAGAGCUGCUGGUGAAUCUAAAGCAAAAAAUGUUUACGUUGCACCAAUUAAAGACAAUGGCAACGUUGUAUCUAGACCCCUUGCUCCAAAACCAACACCACCCCAAUUUAUUUCUCAUAGACCUAUCGCUCCUAAACCCACCCCCAUUCAUCACUCACCACCUGCAACAGUAAUGUUCAAACCCACAGCACAUUUGAACAACAUCACAGUACCCUUAUUGUCUAAAACUGUUUCAUCAGUAAGUGCAUCAUCUGAGCAUCAUACUUCAGCAAAGUCUAAAUCACCUCAAAGCAUUUCGACCAAACCUAAUACGGCCAAAUCUACACCGUCCCAAGGCACCGCAACUAAUUCCACAUCAUCAGAACAAAAAAUAAACAUUUUACCUAAACCUAUUAUGUCCGUUCCAACUUCAUCCUCACCGGCAUUUUCUGAAAAUAUUAAGAACGGGAAAAUACUUGUAUACGACGUAGUCAAAUCUAACAUAGCUCAAAGCGGAGGAAACCCUCCAAUCGUUAGUCAGGAUGGAGCAAAAUUAGUGGUGUACGUGUCAAAUACAGGAGAGAAACGAAAUUUAGGCAUUAUUAAGGAUCAGAAAAUUUACCUCAAUUCAAACCAGGUUGCAGCUGUGGCGAAUCGACCGAAGGUUCAAUCUCCCGUGACGACGUCUCCUGCCGAGUUCAUUCCGAACGCAAAUGAUGCUGAGUUUAACGUACUUUUAGGAUUGGAGCAUGUUGUAAAGCUACUUUUGUAAGGGUUGGCGGUGUUUUUGAACUAUUGAGGCUACAUAUUAUAUAACCUCAAUAAUUUCAUUACCAUAUAUAUAGCAAAUGUUUUUCGUCAUAAGCUUCUUAAGUUCCGACAAUUAAGUUUCAAAUGGUGGUUUUUUGGCUAAGGUUGUUUAGACAAUAACCUCCUAGUUCAGAAAUGGGGCUUCUUAUGAACCAUAUAGGUAACAUAAUUAUUACAAUACAAGAUGAUUAAGACAUUAUGACCAUUUCAGGUGCCGAAACAAUUCAUUUUGAAGUGUUGAUGUUUCUUUUGGAUUCUAUAACGAGUUAUGUCUUGUUACUAGUUUUAGCAGCAAUUAAGUUUGACUAUGUGAUUGAAAUCAGCGUCGCAUUUUAGUAAGCCGUUACCCCCGAACGUACACGGGUUUAGUUCGGUGGCGUUUGGACUAAACGUUUGCAAUAACGGUGUAUAUAUAUAUAUAUUCAAUGUAUAAUGUAUUGUAAUAUUUGUAAAUACGUCUGCAUGGGUCAUAAUCACGCUUGAAUUCAAACUGAGUGCUGCUUCCUGUUCAAUUGCUACCAAGGCGAUUGCAUUUUAUAUAUUAAUGUAAAAUAUUUUGUAGGUGUUUAUCGCCUGUAUUCAGAAAGCUUUAAAAAAAGAAAGAUUUAGGGUAAAGCACUGAAAAUAUAUAAAGUUAUAUUCGAGUGGAAAUGCAGUCAUGAAAUCGCUUAUGAGUGGAUUCCACUCGAUGAGUUUGAAUGUGACUACAGGCGUGCGUCGCACUUGUUCAAUUAAGUCGUAGUGCGAAUAUACCUGCUGGCUAAAAUACAGUAAAAGGAGUAUACAGUAGAUAAACUCUAUUGCGUAGGAACAUUUUGAAUUCCCCCCCACAUACACAUUAGUGACAUUACGCAUCAUUGUAGGCUAAUAUUCGGGCCGGUCGAAGAGUUGUCUGCUUUCACUCUGAGAAGUCAAAGCAGAGGGUUUACUGUAUAUUCCUUGUAUAUUGUGAAAAAAGCCUGGGUGGUUAUACACAAAAGAGAAUUAAUGAUAUUAUAUUUAUACAGAACUAUAUUGUUAUACACAUAUUUUCCGUUUAAAGGAUUAUAUGACUGUUAUAUAUCUGUUGCAUAGAUCGCACAUGAUCUUGCGUGAUGAAUUUAAUAUAAAGAUAUAUGUUUGAAAAGAU